GGGUCCUGUUUGGUGAGAAUGGCGUUUCUACAAAAGCUUUGGUGGCUGUCUUGUCGUACUUCAUCCUUAGUGCAAAAACCAAAAGCCCCAGUCUUGAGCAAAGAAUGCGGUCUACAGGCAGCCUCCCUAUAUUUGCUGCUGUUGAAAAUGCCAGGGAGUGUUGCAAAUAAAGUGUUCCAUCAGAUCCUUUUUGAUACCUUUCUGAACAUGCCCCUGAAAUGCUGGCCUCAAGACACUGUCAAGAAGUGCAAGAAAGAUUCUCUGAAAAGCUCCCAAGAUGGAGAUCGAUGUUGAUGAAGAUGAUGAAAUGGAAGGGAUGUACUUUUCGGCACAGGAUUUGCUGAAAAUAAGGGAGGGCAUUGUUAUGCUGGUUUGCACAUUCCUGAGACUUCUAGAGAAAUGUUCGCUUUGAGACAAACCUCAGAGUACUGACAGCUGUGUUCAGGCGUGACCUCUUUGCUGAACACUGAUUGGCUGUUUGCUACGAGGUUGCUAAGGGAGAUCAAGACGCGUCGCAGUGGAACGUUCCUAAGCUUUCUACAAGUAAAAAUGAAGCGUGUUUUUACGCUGUCAGAAAAGUCCUGGUCGGGAUCAUGUUUGCAAUACAAAUGGCAGAAAACAGUUGGCAACUAUCUUGCAGUUGCAGGCCCUGACAAUUUUGUAAAAAUCUUUGAUCGACAUGGACAGAAGGUGAAUGAAGUAAAUCUCCCUGGGGGUUGUGUAUCUCUGGACUGGGAUAAAGAUGGUGAUAUCUUGGCUGUCAUCGCUGAAAAGUCCAGUUCCGUUUACUUGUGGGAUGCCAAUGUCAACAAAACUUCACAGCUGGACAGUGGGAUGAGAGAUCAGAUGUCCUUCCUGCUCUGGUCCAAAAAUGGGCCACUGUUGGCCGUUGGCACAUCUAAAGGAAACCUUCUCAUCUACAACCAGCAAACCUCACGCAAAAUUCCUGUUCUGGGUAAGCAUACAAAGAAAAUCACAUGUGGCUGUUGGAGCUCUCAGAACCUCCUGGCUUUGGGCAGUGAAGACCGCAGCAUAACCAUCAGCAACCAUGAGGGAGACACUGUUCGACAGACUUCCGUGAGGGCAGACCCUGCAGAUGUUCAGUUCUCAGUGAUGAAAACAGAUGAGAGAUCAUCUCCAGGCGAAAGCACUGUGAGUGUGGCUUUGGGGAAGAAGACCCUGUUCCUAUUUAACCUGAAUGAUCCUGAUAACCCUAUUGAACUGGCCUUCCAGCAGCGCUACGGCAACAUCAUCUCCUACCGCUGGUAUGGGGACGGGUAUAUAAUGAUUGGAUUUUCCCAUGGUUACUUUGUGGUCAUUUCCACACAUAUCCGUGAGAUUGGACAAGAGCUAUUUCAAGCCCACAAUCACAAAGACAGCCUGACUAGCAUCGCCAUCUCACAGUCCCUAAACAAGGCUGCAUCCUGCGGGGACAACUGUAUUAAGAUACAUGACCUGACUGAUCUGAAGGAGAUGUAUGCUAUAGUCACUCUGGACGAGGAGACUAAAGGUCUUGAUCAGAUGUGUUGGACUGAUGACGGGCAGCUGUUAGCUGUGUCCUCUCAGCAGGGCACUUUGCACGUUUUUCUUACCAAGUUGCCCAUAUUAGGAGACAGCAGUGGAACUAGAAUCGCCUAUCUUACAUCCCUGCUGGAGGUUACAGUCGCCAACCAGGUGGAGGGGGAGUCCCCUGUUGCCAUUGCAGUGGAGGUGGAGCCUAGUUUCAUAGCUGUGGGGCCGUAUCAUGUUGCUGUGGGCAUGAACAACAGGGCGUGGUUUUAUGCCUCAGGAGACAGUGGAGUGGAGCGUGUAAAAGACACAGAGUAUUUAGGGACAGUGGCCAGUAUGUGUCUGAACUGUGACUAUGCUGCAGCCCUGUUUGAGGGGAAAGUCCAGUUGCAUGUGAUUGACGGAGAUGAGCAGGUUGUUCAGGAGGACAGACAGACGAAACUGUUUCCAGAACCUGAUCAAAAAUACCGCAUCCUCUGUCACGCUCUCACCACUGAGUUUCUGUAUUAUGGGACUGAUACUGGGUUGAUUCAGUGUUUCUAUUUUGAGGACUGGCAGAGUGUGAAUGAGUAUCGUCACACAGUGGGCAUACGCAAAGUCUUUCCCGACCCCAAUGGAACACGUCUCGUCUUUAUUGAUGAAAAGAGUGAUGGCUUCCUAUACUGCCCGGUGAAUGAUUCGCUGUUUGAGAUCCCAGACUUUUCUCCUGCCAUUAAAGGGAUAUUGUGGGAAAAUUGGAUCACCAACAAGGGUGUGUUUGCAGCGUAUGAAGAGGACAAAGUCUACACAUAUGCCUUCCACAAAGAAACCAUACAGGGCUCUAAAGUGAUUCUUGUUGGUGCCACCAAGUUGCCUUUUUCCCAUAAGCCCUUGCUGUUGUACAAUGGGGAGUUGACAUGUCAGACCCAGAGUGGGAAAAUUAACAGUGUGGUUUUGAACACACAUGCCUUCCUCAACAACCCACACAGUGACACCAGCAAAGAAAAACUCCAGCCUUUACUGCAGCAGGCCAUCAUGCUCAAAAGGUUCUCUGAUGCUUGGGAUAUAUGUAAAGCUCUGAACAAUGCAGAGGCGUGGGGUGAGCUGGGCAGAGCAUGUCUGCACCACAUGGAGGUGGAGCUGGCCAUCAGGGUAUACCGCAUGAUGGGAAACGUUGGCAUGGUCAUGUCCCUAGAGGAUAUCAAGGGAAUAGAGGAUCAGAAUUUGUUAGCUGGACAUUUGGCCAUGUUCUGCAAUGACUACAACCGAGCUCAGGACCUGUAUCUUACAUCUUCCUAUCCUAUGGCAGCCCUGGAGAUGAGAAGGGACCUGCAACACUGGGACAGUGCGUUGCAGCUGGCUAAAAGACUAGACCCUGAUGAGAUCCCAUUCAUUUCUAAAGAAUAUGCCAUACAGCUAGAGUUUGUUGGAGAUUAUGUGAAUGCACUGGCUCACUACGAGAAAGGCUUAACAGGAAACAACAAGUUCCAGGAUCAUGAUGAGAACUGCCUGGCAGGAGUGGCUCGUAUGUCCAUUCGUAUGGGUGACAUCCGCAGAGGAGCCAACCAGGCCAUCAAACACCCCAGCAAAUCUCUGAAGAAAGACUGUGGAGCCAUUCUGGAGAGCAUGAAGCAAUAUUCAGAAGCAGCUCAGCUGUAUGAGAAAGGCCAGUACUAUGACAAAGCUGCCUCUGUCUACAUACGCUGCAAAAACUGGGCAAAGGUAGGUGAGCUCCUGCCCCAUGUGACCUCCCCGAAGAUUCACCUACAGUAUGCUAAGGCAAAGGAGGCUGAUGGCAAAUAUAAAGAAGCAGCAAUGGCCUAUGAAAGUGCACGAGACUGGGAUAGUGUAAUUCGUAUACUACUGGAGCAUCUUAAUAACCCUGAGGAGGCUGUCCGUAUCGUACGAGAAACUCAGUCCAUCGAAGGAGCCAAGAUGGUGGCCAGGUUUUUCCUGCGUUUGAGUGAUUAUGGCUCAGCGAUCCAGUUCCUGGUUUUGUCGCGCUGCAGUGACGAAGCUUUUCAGCUCGCCCAGCAGCAUGGGCAGAUGGAGAUUUAUGCUGACAUCAUUGGUUCAGAGGCAACAAUCGAGGAUUACCAGAGUAUAGCACUGUAUUUUGAGGGAGAGAAGAAUCAUCUUCAGGCUGGGAAGUUCUUUCAGAAGUGUGGCCAGUACAGCAGGGCACUGAAGCACUUUUUGAAAUGCCCUAGCUCGGAUGACAGUUUGGCAAUAGAGAUGGCCAUUGAGACAGUAGGGGAGGCAAAGGAUGAAGCUCUAACCAAUCAACUUAUUGAUUACCUGAUGGGAGAAAGUGAUGGAAUGCCAAAGGAUGCAAAAUACCUGUUCCGGUUGUACAUGGCUCUCAAACAGUACAGAGAGGCAGCGAGAACUGCUAUUAUAAUCGCCAGAGAGGAGCAGUCUGCUGGAAACUACAGAAAUGCCCAUGAUGUUUUGUUCAGCAUGUACUCUGAGCUUCAAACACAGCAGAUUAAGAUCCCAGCAGAGAUGGCCACGAACCUGAUGAUCCUUCACAGCUACAUACUGGUGAAGAUCCAUGUUAAGAGAGGAGAUCAUUUAAAGGGAGCACGAAUGCUUAUCCGUGUGUCCAACAACAUCAGCAAAUUUCCGUCCCACAUUGUUCCCAUCCUCACUUCAGCAGUUAUUGAAUGUCAUCGUGCUGGUCUGAGGAACUCUGCCUUCGGUUUUGCCUCUAUGCUGAUGAGACCAGAAUAUCGUAACAAGAUUGAUGUCAAAUAUAAGAAGAAGAUUGAGGCCAUGGUUCGUCGACCAGAUACCUCUGAGGUCGAGGAGGAAAGUUCACCCUGUCCCUACUGUGGCUUCAGCCUUCCUGACUGUGAGCUGCUCUGUCCCGGCUGCAAAAACAAUCUUCCCUACUGUAUCGCAACAGGUCGUCACUUGGUCAAGGAAGACUGGUGUGUCUGCCCACACUGUGAUUUCCCUGCUCUCUGCUCGCAGUUCACACAGCUGUUAGAGACCGAAUCAGUGUGCCCCAUGUGCUCUGAGAGUUUAAACGUCAGUGAGGUUAAGAAGGUGUCCGACUGCUCCAGAUAUCUACAACAGGACCAACUUGAGCGCUGAGACAGAGAGCAAGAAUGGACAAAUGAAAGGAUACACAGACAUUUGAUGCUCUUGAAUUUGAUGAAAUCUGAUGGUGUGUGAUGGUGAUUCAUUACAGAAGUUUGAGAAGGGGGAUCAGUACUUUAACAUUUCAAGUCAGGCCUGACAUUCCUUUAAUGAAAAUAUAAAUCUAUUUUUAUAUGCACCAAUAUUGCAGCAGUUUGCUUUUCAAUUGUAUGAAUCUAUGAUAUAUUGAUCCUAAAACGUAUCCUUUUUACAUUGUAAAAAUAUCUUUAUGUACAAUACUGUAUACCUGUAGAGUUACUCUAAACCUUUUCUUUAAAGAGUUGUUUUGAAGCUGAAGUGUGUAAUCUAGUUUGUUUGAGCAAAAUAACAACAUUGGCACAACCAGUGGUGUGAGUUUGGGGUGGGACUACAUGUUUGUCCGAACAUUGACAACAUUGACAAGAGUGGAUUGUUUGAAAACAGUCAUUGUUUUUGCAAUUAUGUUUUCAGAAAUGACACAAUACACCCUUAAUGUAAUUAUUUGAAUGGUUUGUACUGCUGUUCUGUAGCUUUGUCACAAGAGUUCAACACUGCAGUGUAAGCUAAUGAUAGGAGAAAGACAGUUAAUCUAACCACCCAAGUGCUGGCAUUAAUAUUGAGCUGGACUCUCUGUUCCAGUUGCAUGUCGGCCGUUAAAGGGAUAGUUCACCCAAAAUGGAAAUUCUUUCAUCAUUUACUCACCCGCCUCAUGCCAUCCCAGAUGUGUAUGACUUUCUUUCUUGAGCAGAACACA